AUGGUCAACCCUGAGCUACGUCGGCAGGUCAUUACCGUGUACAAAGAACUUCUCUGGAUGGGACGAGACUAUCCCCUUGGAUAUCAGUAUUUCAGAGACAGGCUCCACCGCGCAUUUGCUGGCCAGGCUCAUCUCCGCGACGAGGAGCAGAUCCGAAAAGGGAUCGCCAGGGCAGAAUUUGUGAAGAAAGAGAUCGAAGCUCUGUAA